AGCUCAAACACCACUGAAACCCGCCGACUCCACCAGAUUUUACCACCUCGAUAGCUGACUUUGGAUGAUUUGCUCCACUUCUACGGGUGUGCCAAUGUUAUAAAGCUUCAAGGUCCCUUCCACGUGCGCGGACACCGGCUACAAGAGCACGUCACCAAGCGAGACAAAAGAGACAAAAGACCUAAGCACCAAUCCUGAGGCUGUGACAGGCUUUGACUUCAAAAUUACUAGCUCGGACACUCCUGUCAACCAAUUGCUCCUCGUCCUCUCCCAGUAUGGCGUUUUUACUCUCAAGCAAUCGGGUGAUAGGAGCGGUCUUUGUGUGCGAUUCUAUACGCGGUAACUUUUACGGAGGGGUUUGAGAGCAAUCCAGCACCGUUGCUUGAGACGCACCUACCAUGGGGCGGGUAUAAAGGCGGGCUGGGAGGCGCUCAUGCCCACCAGCACCCACUCAACGAGCUCUAUCGUCAUCGUCUACCCUUGUAUCAGCCUUUGACCUUUCCCCCUCGCAUUGCUUCGCACCUCUCAGGCGAUACUCAGCUCGCAUACCCAUUUCACUACCGGACUCGAGUAUCGUUCAUCCCAAUGGUCAGCACCCGCUCCUCCACCAAGGCUAUGAACACCCGUUCGUCUACCAGGUCUGGGAGAAUCACGAAGGAAGCGCCCAAGACUAAGACCGUCCGCAAGGCCAAGGCCACCCCGAAGGCCAAGGCGGUCCCCAUGGGCAAGGCUCCUUCGAAGGCCAAGGCACCUCCGAACGGCAAAACGCUUCUCAAGAACAAGACCGACUCAACGCGCAAAAAUGCGAAAGUCUUUUUCUGCACAGAGUGCGUCGACAGGGGCUUCACGCGCAAGUCGGAUCUGCAGCGUCAUGCGAUAGGCCACCGCCCCGAUGCCGAAAAGUUCAAGCAGUACUGUACAAAGCCGGGUUGUUCAUACGGGACGAUGCAGAAAGGAAACCUGAAGAACCAUAUGGUCAUGCACACGCAAUCAGCGUUCCGCUGGUGCCUCAUUGGAGACUGCGAUUUCAGCUGCACCGAUCCAUCUAGCGCCAAUCGUCAUCGCAAGAGGAUUCAUCUCAUGAGCGCGAAGCAGUUCAGGGAGUAUUGCAAAACUCACAGUAUCGACGCGAGUCCGAGACCCACCCGCCCUGGAUCUGUUCACGCUCCGACGGAGGCGACCUCUGAACGCACCGACUCUGGCUAUGGACUUGGAUCACCUUCGGCGGCAUCCUCUUCCGCUCCCAAUGGGAACUCUGAAGUGAACCUCGACGACCUUAUCGCGUUCAGCGAGGAGCAUUCAGAGGCUGGCCCCGUCGAUAUCAGCUACUAUGCUCCUGACUCCCCCCUGACUCCUGCUGCGAGCCCGUCGCCUCAUCUCGCUCAGCCUGGUAUUGCUCCUCCUUCUCCCGAGGACCACAUCACUCGCGUAGUCAUCGAUGACAACAUCCCUCAAGAGACCGAGUCCACCGCAUACACCGAGGCCUACCAGCGGGAAUCUUCCACCUUCGAGGCCGAGGGCUCCUCUAGCUUGCCGGAUCGUUCGGAAUCGGUGCAUUCUUUCUCUUCUGCAACUUCCACCCACGUCGGCUGCGGGACGUUCGACCCGAGCACCAUCCUGCCGAUGCCCGAGAAUUAUCAGCCCCCUUCGCCCACGUCUCUAUACGGCGGCCGUCUUUCUUCCUCUCUUGAGUAUUACCCCCUGUGUAUGAGGACAAACACGCUCCACGGCGACCACUCCUCUCAGAUCGAUGCUUCUUCUUACGGACACGAUGCGCAGCAGGGAUUCCACUAUUCCAGCGAGAUGCAUCUGGCUUCGUCUAUGGAUGGGGACCAGGAGUUUGACAUUGAAAUGGACGGACCCGCUCCCGACUUUGAUUUCGAGGUGCCUGCGCCGGUCUCUACGGCGACUCCUCGUGGUGUUAGCAUCUUCGGCGGACGCCUCUGGGCCGAUUGGUUUGCGCCUGAGUCCUCUUCCUAAUUGUAAGGCGUGGUCAGGAAAUUGGAUAGUCCGCAACGCUCUCGUCUUCUCUACUUCAACAAUCUAUGAUUGGACUUUCAUUUUAUCUAAUGCGAGCUUCAUGUGGCUUUGGAACUUACCCUUACAAUAUACCUCUUUAUUUUCAUCAUUUCCUUCGCACCUCGACGCAUUCAUUUUAUCUAUUUUCGCACUAACAUCGGAUCCAUCCCCUGUAUCAUGUACCUGUACAUAUCUCUUGAAUAAAAC